AAUCUCCGGUCAACAAGAGAUUGGGAGGUUACCUGCUCAAAAUAGUUCACAAAGCACCGGUCAAGAGGCUUCUCAGACCGCCUCUUCGGUUCAGACGCCUCCCCAAAAUUUAGACCAAAGCGAUUAUGGCCCUGGCCUUUAUGCUGUCCCUGUUUAUCCACAAUUUAUGGGGAUGAUGCCUGGGUUUCCUCCUAGCACGCUUAUCCCUCUUACCUUUAAAAUUCCUACGAGAACAAACUCUGCUGGCACUGGCAGCGAGGAGCAGGGACAGGAAGCAAGACAACUGCAAGGGCCACAGAGACCAGUAAUUGUGAGGAGAUUUCACGUCGCAUUUCAGCUCGAUUUGGCUCUCAUCAUCAAGCUCGCAGCUGUCGUCUUUCUGUUCAGCCAAGAAGGAUCGAGACAGCGAUUAAUUCUCCUCGUCCUAUUUGCGUCUUUCAUCUAUCUGUAUCAGACUGGAGCCCUCACUCCUUUGAUCCGAUGGAUUCGAAGAGGCGGAGCUCCGCCGCUACGUGCCGAGCAACCUCCAAUGAGGCAUGUCGAUGGCAAUCAACCUCGGCCUGAAGGAAAUCACCAAGCUGAUAACCAGAAUGAUCAGCUGCCUGCUGUUGCGAACGAGAAUCCGCCGGAGGCUGGUCGGCGAAAUCAAAACCAUUUUUGGUAUGUUCUUAAGGAGAUCCAGAUGUUUGUUAUUGGGUUCAUCACUUCUCUUCUUCCAGGAUUCCAUCAUCACAAUGAAUAGAUUUGGGAAGAUUUACAUGCAUGCCACUUAAUUCCUAUGUAUUUACAUUUUUAAUACCUAGACGUCAUUUUUGACAUAUACGCUACUUUACCCAUGACCAUUUAAAAGUCAAAAUAGUGGUAUUUGUUAUAUAAUAUUAAAGAUUUGGGUGGCAUACAUGUAAAAAAUAAG